GAUAUAAACACAUCUGGCCCACUCUUCAUGCAUCAUCCAUGCUGCUGCUCUGACCGACCGAAUGCGCAACAUUCUACUCAUCACCCUGCUUCUUUCAUUCGGCAUUGGUACAGUGGGUGAUGUGCACGCUCUUCUGUCGAUUCCCUCCCGCUGUGAUCGUGCCUGCUAACAAGUGCAAUUCAAAUAUUCUGUCUGGCUUGAUAGUGGCAGAAGAAUAUUGUGUUUGUGCUGUAAAAAGUACAAAUGUGGAAGCUCAAGAUUGCUGAGGGUGGCCCGUGGCUCACGAGCGGUAACAAUCACGUCGGAAGAGAAACAUGGGAGUUUGACCAAAAUGACACCGGAUCAAGCGAAGAGCGGGAUGCGGCCGACGCUUCACGGGCCGAAUUCCAGAAGAACAGGUUCAGGACAAGGCACAGCUCCGAUGUUUUGGCCCGCAUGCAGCUAGCAAAGGGGAAUAAGUUCAGCCUUGACCAACAACAGAAACCAAAAGAUGAUGAAACUAGUGGUGAUAUCAAUAUAGCUAUGGUGUCGGAGACACUGAGAAGGGCACUCAGAUACUUCUCAGCCGUACAAGCGCAUGAUGGGCACUGGCCAGGAGAUUUUCCGGGGCCUCUCUUUACCACAGCAACCAUGAUCAUAGUUUUGUAUGUCACGGAGUCGUUAGGUACUACGCUAUCGUCAGAACACCGCAAGGAGAUCUGUCGCUAUCUGUACAACCGACAGAAUAUGGAUGGAGGAUGGGGACUACAUGCGGAAGGUGAGAGCUCCAUGCUCAGCUCGGCUCUCAACUAUACCGCUCUAAGACUACUUGGUGAGGGUGCUGAUGAUGGACCGGAUAUGUCCAUGCCGAAAGCUAGGAAAUGGAUACAUGACCAUGGUGGUGCAACAAUGAUACCAAUCUUGGGAAAAGUCUGGCUCUCGGUACUUGGGGUUUUUGAAUGGUCAGGUGUAAACCCUAUGCCCCCAGAAUUGUUCCUUCUGCCAUCCUUCGUUCCUAUUCAACCAGGACGGUUGUGGAGUCACUUCAGAAUGGCUUUCAUCCCCAUGUCCUAUUUAUAUGGCAA